GAGAGAGACUAUCACUAUGAAAGCAUUUAAAGAGAGAAUGGUCUUUUGGGGUAGUAUAUAAUAUAAGCCUAUAUCAAUGGUAGAGCUCAAGAAAAAGUGGAGCCCUGUCUUUAUUAGACAAAUUAAAAAAUGUUAAAAAUAAAAGAGUCCCAAGAAGCCAUAAUAAGCCACAUAGCCUAAAACCCUUAUAAAUUUCUCAUCAGUAACUCAAAUCUCACCUCACAGUUCAUUUCUUUCUCUCUUUUUAUUGUUGUUGUUUUUGUUGUUGUCAUAUAUCUCCUUUGUUUUUAGUGUGUGCUAGUAAAACAACCAAAGCGAGCAACAAUGGUGACCAAGAAACCAAGCAUUGUGAUAAUUGGAGCAGGAAUGGCUGGCCUUACUGCUGCCAACAAGCUCUACACUGCCACUGGCUUUAAGGACUCGUUUGAGCUGUGUGUUGUGGAAGGUGGGACAAGAAUUGGUGGCAGAAUUAACACUUCUGAGUUUGGUGGUGACCGUAUUGAGAUGGGUGCAACUUGGAUCCAUGGCAUUGGAGGCAGCCCAGUUCACAAAAUUGCUCAAGAAAUCCAUGCACUAGAGUCUGACCAGCCAUGGGAGUGCAUGGAUGGGGUCUCUGAAGAGCCAAGUCAGCCUACCACGAUUGCUGAAGGAGGGUUUCAGCUUAAUCCAUCUGUAGUCGACCCUGUGACUACCCUCUUCAAGAAGCUGAUGGCUUAUGCUCAAGGCAAGCUGGUUGGAGACAGUGCUGCAGGCUGUGAAGAAAUUGACUACCAUACUAAGCUUGCAGCUAAGGCUUUAAAAGUUUCUUCUACAAGCAAUGGUGGUCAAGAAAAGCUCAGUGUCGGUUCUUUUCUAAGACAAGGCCUUGAUGCUUAUUGGGUUUCUAAGAAAGACCAAGAAGAGCUCAAAGGGUAUGGUAACUGGAGCAGAAAGUUGCUACAAGAUGGAAUCUUUGCAAUGCAUGAGAAUACCCAGAGGACUUAUACUUCAGCUGGUGAUCUUUUAACUCUAGAUUAUAGUGCAGAAAGUGAGUACCGUAUGUUUCCUGGUGACGAAAUCACCAUUGCUAAAGGCUACUUGAGCAUAAUUGAAUCACUAGCUUCUGUUCUACCACCUGGUUUAGUCCAAUUAGGCCGAAAGGUCACAAGAAUUGAAUGGCAGCCUGAAGGUGAUGAAGUAUCAGGCAUGGAAAAUGGAAGUGCUACUGCUACUAGGCCUGUGAAGCUACAUUUCUGUGAUGGGUCAAAUAUGUUGGCUGAUCAUGUUAUUGUAACGGUUUCAUUGGGUGUACUUAAAGCUGGAAUUCGUGAAGAUUCAGGUAUGUUCAAUCCUCCCCUGCCUUCAUUUAAGUCAGAGGCAAUCUCAAGGCUUGGUUAUGGUGUUGUCAAUAAGUUGUUUCUGCAAGUGGAAGGCAAUGAUUGCAACAACUUCCCAUAUCUCCAAAUGGUUUUCCAUCGACCAGACUCAGAAUUCAGGCAUAAGAAAAUACCAUGGUGGAUGAGGAGGACAGCUUCUCUGUGUCCAAUUUAUAGCAAUUCAAGUGUCCUGCUAUCUUGGUUUGCAGGGAAAGAAGCAUUAGAGCUUGAAUCACUUCAAGAUGAAGAGAUAAUUAAUGGGGUUUCAACAACAAUCUCUAGCUUUCUACCACAACCCCACAAGCUAGUGAACUCUAACUCCCAUGAGUUGUGCAAUGGGACUGCCAAUAAAGUGGGGAACUCUCAUGGAAGUGAAGUGAAAGUCACAAAGAUAUUGAAGAGCAAAUGGGCUACUGAUCCUUUAUUUUUGGGGUCUUACAGUUAUGUUGCGUUUGGGUCAAGUGGUGAUGAUUUGGAUAAAAUGGCUGAGCCAUUGCCAAAACUUAGUACUUGUAAGUCUGCCGGUUCCCCUCCACUUCAAAUUCUGUUUGCAGGGGAAGCAACACACAGAACCCACUAUUCUACAACUCAUGGAGCUUACUUUAGUGGUCUUAGGGAAGCCAUUAGGCUUCUUCAACAUUAUCAAUGUAUUGGAGUCUAAGACACUAAUUAGUACUUUUUAAUUUUUAAUGAACAUUUGUUUCUAUGAUAUCAUUCUCAUUUUCAACUAAAGCAUCUUUCUCUUUCUUUAGUGAGUCAGUGUGGGAGGAAAGGAAAAGAUAUUAUGAGGGGUGAAAGAGAGAGAGGGAGAGAGGAGGGAACAUAUUUAGAUGUACUGCAAGAAUUAAAGAACUUUCUUUCAUUUUUCUGUUGC